AUGGCAACCGCCCAGCUGCUCUCGAGCUUUAUAUCUCCCCCAAUCCCCUCUUCUCCAUCGUCUUCGGCUGAUCAGCUGCCUCCAUUUUUCGCCCUCACCUACAAUUAUCUUUGUGCUGCGCUGCUCUUGUUGCCUCCGUUGGCCUAUUUAACCUACAAGGACUACCGCUCUUUCCUCUCGCUUGGUCCAGGGGGUACUCCUUACAACUUUUAUGGCUAUUGUACCAUAACCUCGCUCCGAUUGCUCGCUCUCCGAAACCCCCGUGUUCCGGGACCAGUACCGGAAGGUCUAAAACACAAUGGCUACCUCCCCAAGUCGGGGGUAGCUAAAAGGAAUGCCUCUCGCCCAAUCGUCACAGGAAUCGCACCCCACAGACAGAUGAAUCAAAGGCCGAGAAGAGAAAUAUUCAACCUUCUUUCCAGCUCGCUACAGAAUUUAGCGGACGAUUAUCCAAGAAGAUUAAGAAUCGCCAAAAGCUGCUUCGAGAAACAUUGCCCGGGGCUGUUUUCCAAGAAGUCAGUUAACAAGACCUGCAAUGGCGAAAUUGUUCAUGCCCACCUUAGUGAUGGCUCAAUGCAUAUGACGUUGCAUCCGGCAGAUGCCAAGAUGGUUAUCGAGGCUGGAUGGGGAGAGAGACAUCCACUUGCCAGAGGCGGCUGGUGCAGACGGUUUGUGCCAGUCGGGUUUGUGAUGAUCUAUGCUCCACGCACCGAAGAGGAGGUUGGUCUCGUCCUCGAAAUCGUCAAGGCGGGAAUUGGCUGGGUUAGCGGUGAGCCGCUGGACGAAUCAGAGGCUGGACUCUAUCCGAAGGAGAUGGAGGCCAACGAUGAUUUGAGCCGCUGUGACUCCAGACGCUGCCAUGCCAACGGGAACUCCACAACCAAGGACUGUGAAUCCGAUGUUGUCCAAAAUGUCGCCAAUGCAGUGAUGGAGGACGCUUGA